AGAGGCGGGACGUAACGGUGUCUCCAGCCGUACCUGGUUAUCGCAUAAAAAAGCCCAGAGGAAACUAAAGUUCUCUGCCAAUGAAAGUCACAGAAUGAAUGGGACCGCUUAUUCCAACUUUGACAACCAGGAACAUGUUUUGAAACUAGGAGAGACGUUUGAGAAACACCCUAAAAGUGCCUACCACACGGUCCGAUAUGAUUUCAAACCAGCUUCUAUUGAUACAGCAUGUGAAGGAGAGCUUGAAGUGGGCAAAGGAGAGCAAGUCACUAUUACUUUACCGAAUUUAGAGGGUUCGAGUGCUCCAGUCACAGUGUUCAAGGGAUCCAAGAGACCGUACAUGAAGGAGUGCAUCCUUAUCGUGAACCAUGACACAGGAGAGUACAGGCUCGAAAAACUCAACAGCAACAUAGCUGUCAAGAAAACAAGAGCUGAAGGCAGCAGUAAAAUUCACUCUCGGCUAGAGCAGCAAACAAGCCGUCUGAGCCAGCAGAUGAAGGGAAACGGCAACAAUAAGACCUCAACCAGCUCCAAGAGCUCUCCUCCCAAGGAGAAAACGUCUCCAGCGUCUCCAAUGGAUGACAUUGAAAGAGAACUGAUGGCGGAAGCGCGCGUCAUGGAUCAGAUGAGCAGCAGCGACAGCUCCUCGGACUCCAACAGCUCGUCGUCUUCGAGCAGCGAAGACAGCUCCAGCAGCAGCGACUCGGACGACGAGCGUAACACUGCGCCGCCGCUCCCUCCCGCCCCGACCAACCAGAGCAUGCCUCUGAUAAGUACCGGCACCAAUCACGUGACAAGCCUUCACCAAGAGAGCGGAGGAGGACUCAUUAUGAACACGCUCAAGAACGACCUCCAGCUCAGUGAAUCAGGCAGUGAGAGCGACUGAAAAUGGAGUCCAACCUAUUUUUGUGCCUCCUGUGAAGUGUGACUGUUAUUUACACAUCCACUGUUCUGUUAGACAUGCUGCUUCUCUGCCAACAAACAUAACAUUUCAUCUCACUCUGCUCAUGUGAAAGUUUGUGUGAUGCAUUUUUUCACCAUGACUGGUGCUGGAA